GUCUGCUCUUCUGCGGAAUUCCGUUGAAGAAAAUUCAUCAGCACUGACCGCUUUAUUGUAAAGCCAGAAGAUGUGUAUAUUGUUACAUGAAACAGCUUCAUGAAAAUACACAUAGAAACAAUAAAAUCCAACGCUAUGAACUAUAUGCGAAUUGUAGCAACUCUUCUCUUAACUACCAUAUUUUUAAUCUUUGCAUACCAUGCUAUUUCGAAGGAGCCUAAUGUUCAACCUAUGGGUUUUCGGUCAAAUAUGAAUACACAAUUGGUAAUACCUCCAAAGUUGGUUUCAUCCGAGACUGGGAUUAACGUACCAGAAAACAACAGAUCUGUAAAUGACAGUUUUGUGGAAAGUACUUUUUCAAGAUGGCGGACGAGAGAUCCGAAUGGCGACAUGCUGACGGUUGAAUCCUUUGGGCGCUUGGGUAAUCUGAUGUUUGAGUAUGCUUCUCUGCUCGGUAUAGCUUUCCGUAACGGGAAGAGGCCGUUUAUCAACCCGGAUAAUACCUUAAACACAGUGUUCAAUCUUUCUUUCGUUGAAAAUUGGGAUACGAAAUAUUGGCUUCACAUUUCUGAAAGAAAAUAUGCCGGUUAUUCGCCUGAAUUCGAAAAUCUGCCAGCUGGAAAUUAUGUCAUUGGGCACUUUCUCCAAUCCUGGAAGUAUUUUGAACCGUUUAGAGGACAAAUUAUUAAAGAGUUCCGUUUUUCAGAUCUAUAUGAAAUGCUACGCAGAAAGAUAUUUCAUCUUUACACAUCCCCGUUCAAUCGCACAGUGAUAGGACUGCAUGUACGUCGGACUGAUAUGACGGUACAAAACGAACACGGUUAUACCGAAGCCCCAGUUUCGUACAUAUACAAAGCUGUUCAACAUAUGAGGGAGAGGUUUCGUAAUCCAGUGUUCUUGAUAGCCACGGAUGAUAAGGACUGGUGCCGGCGGAAUCUGGACUCUGAAGAUAUGAUCUUGAUGACCACCACGAACCCGUUCGUGGACUUCGGGGCUCUGGUUUUGUCUGAUCAUAUGAUAAUGACGGUUGGGACGUUUGGAUGGUGGGCGGCAUGGCUGAUCAAUGGGCACACGGUGUACUAUAAAGAUUAUCCCAAACCCGGAGGGAGGCUGGAAAGUCAGUUCGUGAAAGAAGACUAUUUUAUGCCGCAUUGGAUUCCUAUGGGCGGAUAA